AUGGCAAAAUUCAAUUUAUACGUUGUACUUGUUUCUUCGGUUUUAAUCCCAUUCAUUAUUACAAUCAGUAAUGCAAUUCCAAUUCACGACGACGACGCAAAGUCGAUUAUUAGAGGUGAAAGUGGCAGUCUAAUGGAUAAACGACACGAAUAUUUAGUAACAAAAGCAGCAGAACCUGAUAAUUUAUCAUCAUCACCAAACAACGUUAUUAACAACACUGAAGCAAAUAGACGGUUUGUUGCUGCACCUUUAACAGAAGCCGUUGCAGCACCCAUUGCAGCAACAACAAAAAUAGCACCUCUUGUAGCAACAGCAGCGACAGCUCCAAUUAUUGCCUCUGCUGCAACUAUACCAUUAACUGCUGGAUUCCAGCCACUCGGUUUAUCAUAUUUAGGUCAUGGUGCCUUUACUCCUCCCUACAUCAAGAGAGGUAGUAGUGAUAGCAUCAUCAAUUUAAAGAAACGACUCAUUGGCGGUGGUACUCCGAUCGGUGGAUUGUACGGUGGUGUUUUAUAUGGUACUUCUGGAUCAUACGGAAACGGAUAUGAUAGUAAAUUUUUUGGAGGUAUUCCUUAUGUUGGUAGUCAUGAUGGUUAUAAAGGUUAUGGUACAUCUACUGGUUACGGUAUUGGUGGUUUAUAUUAA